GCGAGGUGGGUAGUUACCAACGGCCGGAGCGCGGCAGUCAAGUGGGAGAGUACGGCGCGCGUAGUUCGGAGUUUCGAAGCAUCUCCCGGUUCGUUUAACGGUUUUGGGGUUCUUUAUAUAUUUUUUUUUUUUAAAGUAGUGUCUUUGUGCGACCGACAGCGAAUAUGGUUCACGCGUCUCUUCUGUGCGCCCUGCUACUCUGCUGCUUCGUCCAUACAGGCAGGGGUCGGCCGGAGGGCGAGGACUACAUGAACGACAACGAGGAGUACGACUACGGGGACGAGGAGCAGGAGGGGGCGGCCAGCGAGCCCCCCGCCCCCGCGGGCCCGCCCCCCGUCAUCACCAGCCGGCCGCUCGACAUCAGCGCCAAGCCAGGGGAGACGGUGCUGCUGCCCUGCGACAUCGUCAACCUGGCCCCCAACUACGCGGUGCUGUGGCUGAACGGCUCCACCAUGCUGUACUCGGACAGCUUCAGGACGCAGGGCGUGAGCCCGCGGGUCGACCGGCUGGCCAACUACACGCUGCGCAUCCGCGGCGUGCGGCUGGAGGACUCGGGCACGUACACGUGCCGGGUGUCGUCCGACCCGCCAGUCGCCGUCUCGCACAAGCUGCUCGUGCCCAGCCCGGCCCAGAUCGUGAAGCUGUCGCCCGACAGCGACCACCGCACCCUCCUGCUGGGCUCGCCCCUCACCCUGGAGUGCGAGGCCGUGGGCCACCCGGAGCCGCAGGUGACCUGGACCAAGCCGGGCAGCGUCAUGCCGGACGGCAAGAAGGCGGUGAGGAGCAGCGUCGUCCACAUUCCCGCCGUGACCUUGGAGCACGCGGGCAGCUACGAGUGCGAGGCGAAGAACGGAAUGGGGAACGUCGACGUCAGGAAGUUCACCAUCCAAGUGCAGUACGCCCCGAAGAUAACAGCGAUGAAGGAGGUGGUGAACUCCGGCGUGGGCUACGAGUCGGAGCUCCAGUGCGAGGUGGACGCCCUGCCCCAGGCGACCGUCUCGUGGGCCAAGAACGGCAAGCCGGUGGCGAGCGGCGGCCACGUCAAGGUGGAGACGUUCGAGCGCUUGCACGUCCUCCGCAUCACCAAGACCAGGAAGGAUGACUUUGCAGUCUACACGUGCGUCGCCCAGAACCCCAUCAAGACGGAAAGUGCAGUCAUCGAGCUUACCGGUGCACCCUCGAUUGCCAACUUUGUUACGUCAAACUCGACUGGAAACAGCGAAACACUUCAGUGGGUCAUCGAAUCUCACGCUCCCAUCACGGAAUACACGCUGCGCUACAGGAAAAGGAAAACGAACGAGUGGCGGACGGAGAACCCAGUCGUCGAGGACCCAAUGGGCAACCAGUACAAGGUGACGCACACGCUUACCAACCUCGCGCCAGGCGACUACGAGGUGCGACUGUCCUCCAAGAACUCCUACGGCCUCUCCAAGGAGUCCGCCCCGCAACAUUUCAGCAUAAAAGAUUAUGGUGAAGCAGCACAGUCUAAAGUAGAAGCGAACGCCAACCCCGGCAGCACGGCGGUGGACACACGGCCGACUUUCGCCGUGCUGGUGUCCUUGCUCAGCCUACGCGCGCUGCUGCAGUAGACAGCAGUCAGGUGCUUGCAGGCUGAGAUGCGGUGAACGGUCGAGGAAGGACACACACAGAACGGCGCCUGCAGCAGCCGGGGCUGGCUUCAGACGCCGGUUAGAAACACAACCCGCACGUGCAAGUGUGCUUCCCGCGAGCAGAGCUCAUCGCGGUUGUUGGCGGCUUGCAGCUUCUCAACCGCCGGUCACUUCAAGAGACUUCAGAUUUAUGUUUAGAAUGGUUCAUACUUCAUCAGUGUUAGUCGCCGGGACCUGGUUGUUUUUAACGUUACCGCUUAUUUAAAAUGAUUAUAAAAAAAAGACACUUUCUUGUAAUUAUUUUGCCUUUGCAGGAUAAACUUAUAUUUUAUUAAAAAAUGUUAAAAAAAAUAAUAAAGAAGUGAAAUCUUUCACUCAAUUUAUAGAUGCAAAUUUAUCUGCGGAAUUUGGAACUGUCGCUGCGCUUGUGAGAGUAAUGCUUAGUCACUCAUAUCAGCUCACUAAUGCAUUCACGUUUGUGCAUCAAUGUCCUCCGGGCAGUGCCGAUAUCCUGCUUCUGUGUGUCUCGAUGUAAGUUCAGCGUCGUGAAAUUCCUCGCUUCGGAAAGGUGCCUUGAAGGAGCAGAACAUUGUUGCUGAUCAGAGGUUUAGUUUUGUACCAUCGCGAUAACUAGCCACUACUUGGGGGCAUCGGCGUGAAUAAAACCAAAGUUUUUAGGAUCGAUGUACAAGAUUAUUGACGUGUACGGUAGGGAACGUACCUAUUGAGUAUGCCAUACUUUUAGAGUGUUAAAAACAUCUCUUAGUUUUAAUAUACAAGUAUACCAGUGUACAAAAGCUAUGUUAAAGUAAUUUAAUGGCAGCAGUGGAAGGUAUCAGGAAACAUAUAAAAUAAUGAAAGUUAAUGUGCUAUGUGUUUGGAAGAAUUAUUAUUUUUUUAUUAAUAUAAUAGAUGUUUCUGGAAAUAUUCACAAGUUUUUAGCAGAAUAUAUGUUCACAUUCCUUCACUUCUGAACUUUAGUUAAAUUCUGACAUCCAAGCACAAAUUCAUUCCUUUAUUCUUGAGCUUAAGUUAUUUUCUAUCAUCCAAGCACAAAUUUUCCAGAUACGUAGGUUACAUUUUGAUUAGUGUUUGCCAGGUAUUUCAAAACAAAAUAAAUCACAUAGUGUGUGUUACUUAAUGUGUGAUAACUGUUGAGAAUUUGUUUACUUUACUAUUUUAUUUCUGCUAAAAUUCAUUGGAAUUGUAUUUUUUCACAGUUUGUGAUGAGUGGAUGUGCAAUUUUUGACAAAAUUAAGCCGUUUGCUGGAUUUGAAUAAAAGAUUCUUGGCAUCAGAAACAUUGGAUGAAACAUCAACAUUCCAGUGAGACAGGAACAAAAUUUUUUUUAACUGGAUGUUAACCUGCUUUGAUUUCAAAAUAUUAACGACGAGUUGUGUCCAGUGUAAGCCCAGACAGAGUUCUUAAGCCACAGCAAGUCAAAACAACUAAGCUACAACUAGUUCCUUACAGCUUUGAGUGUGCAUUGUAGUGAAAAUGAUACAUGAUUGAUUGAAUGGAAACUGGUCAAUAUGUUAGCUUGCCAACAAAUACACAUAGACUAAUAAAGUAAUAAAAAUAUAAUUUCAUUACAAUUCCAUGCAGUAGUUUCAUUAAGUAUCAAAAAUAAGGGCUUUUUAAGAUAAUGUUUAUAGUAAUGAGAAAUCAGUCUUUCUCGCUCCUCUGUAUAUCCCACCCAACACUCACAACUCAAUUUAUUUUUCGUGAAAUGAGAUUCUAUUUUGAAAAGCGUCCAUUUUUUUGAACUUUAUUUGCUGCUAACCAGCAUUAAGAUGGGAUUGCCUGUUCAUAGACUCCACGCAAUAUUGCCCUUGAUCUAGCGUGUGUCUUUUUUAAUGGUGACCAAGAACUUUAUUUGAAUGGAGCAUUUGGCAAUGAUUUAAUUAUUAUUAUGAAUAUUGUGUAUCACUGGAAGGUCAGUAUUUUUCCACAUGUUACCGGUUUGUGUGGUUGCUAAGUACAGGUGCUAAAAUUAUUAACAAAUCCCAACAUUCAAAACUUGUGAAUCAUAAAAAUUUGGAAUCUUUAUAACAUGUAUUUACAUUAUGUCUUAUGUGGUCCUUCAAUCUGACAGUUAUGUUUUUUACAGAAUGUUUUUGAAUGUUGGGAUGUAUGUAAAUUUCUAUAAUGUAGAAUAUUUUUAUGAGAGAUGUAGAAUAUAUGUUUUAAUUUUUAAUCUGGUCAGUUAUAGCAUUUAGAGGAAAAUGCACCAAAAUAUGAUCUAUUAAAAGUUGUGUAAUGUUCUUAUUAGUGUGCUAGUUGUAUACAUGAAUGUAAAAAGAUCAGAUAAUGUAAAAUGUAUAUCUUUGUAAAUAAUAUUGUUUUAAAAAUUUGAGUUUUGUAGUGUUUAAUACUGAAACUUAAUUUAAUUAAAUGAACUUACAUAGCAUGGCACUUGCAGUUAAACAAAAUAAUCAAACCAAAAUAUUUAUUUUCCAAUUUUUUGAGUUGUGCGUUAAGAAUGUACUUAACUAGUAAAACUCUGCUAAGAUUUUUCUCAAGGAACUUGUUACACAGGAAAAAUUUCUCAAAAGAAUUUAAGUACAUAGUGUAUAGGUUAAGUUCAAAAUGGUUUAAUUUUAUUUAUUUCUUAAAUGGGUUUCACCAUACACAAAUUUGCUAAAAGUUUAUUUAGUAGUUUGAUGUUAUUUUUUAGUCGCAGAUUUUCGAUUACAAUCAGUAAUGGAGACAAAUAUAGGACACAGUUUAAAAUUAUAUGUGUUUACUGAAGAUGUUAUGUUAUAAACUAGCUGCAGAUGUUCAACCACGCGAUGAGUAUAAUCAUUAAACGUACUGUCAUAAUUUGUAAAUCAUCAACGGAUAAAUUUAUUUGAGAAAAUUAAAAUCCUGCAUUCAAAACACACCUUGUUUUAAGUCAUUGGCAUAACAUUCCAACAAGUGAAACUACUGUACACCUUCACACAAACAAAUCACAUCUUGUAUCCUGGUUAACAGAAUUAUAAAUCAGAUGACUAGGACUGUGCGUUUUUCGCAAAAAUAUUUCCAGACCAGCUGUGUGUUAAAACUGUGUAACAUUGUCUGUGUUUCGUGGUUGGCUGGGUUUAUUUCAGGCGCAUGUGUACUGCCGGCACACCAAUCUCAGCCAUUCAGUGUGGAGGUUUUUUUUUUUUUUUAAUA